AUCGUAUCCUCUAAUCUAAAGUGUAAAACCCCAGUUGAAACGACGGUGAACAUAAAAAGCAACGCAAACUCCGAUCUAAAACAUAGCUGGAGCUCCUUUCUUUCUCUCAGUGAAAAACAGAGACGAAAUGGAGAAGAAGAAGAGAGGAUUUUGGAGAUGGUUAAUAGCAUCCGUAAUGUUAAGGCUGAUUCUAAUUUACCUCCCUAAAACCUUCAACUUAGCCUCUCGCCCCGAAGUCUCCACUCCUCUCGUCAGCCUCCGCCGCCUGGCUGAAGGUUACUGGUUGAAGCAAUCAUCAAUCUCUCCUUAUGCUGGAUCGAUGUACCAUGGAUCUCCAUUGUUACUCUCACUUCUUGGUCCACUCACUGUUAAAAGAAUUGAAGGGCAACCUAAUCAUCUUCUUUGCAGUUUGGUUUUUGUCAUUGCAGAUAUUAUUAGUGCUUUGUUUAUUCGGGCUACCGGCCACACUCUACAGAUGGCAUAUAGACAGAGCUUAAAUUCACUUGACAUUGUUGAUCUAUUAAAAAGUUCAGAUUUACUUUCUUCUGGAGAUAUUGCUGCACUUGUAUACUUAUGGAAUCCUUUCACGAUAGCUGCAUGUGUGGGUUUAUCAACUUCCCCAGUUGAAAAUCUGGUUGUCAUACUGGCACUUCAUGGUGCUUGUAAAGGACUAGUUCCUCUGGCAGCAUUUGGAUGGGUUAUGUCGACACACUUGUCUCUUUAUCCUGCAAUCCUAAUAAUUCCAGUGAUUCUUUUGUUGGGAUAUGGUCCUGAUUCUCCACCCAGAAAGCUGUUCCUGCAGAAGGGAUAUGGUAAAAAUGGAGAUAACCACUCAAGUGAUAACUGUGGUCAACAAGAGACCAACCAAUCAAAGGCAGAAGUUACAUUUUCAUGGCGACCAGUCGUACAUUUCUUAUUUUGGAGUUCUCUGUGGUCCGCCUAUGUUCUGGUUCUAUGCAGUAUAUCUGUUAAACCACAUGGUAGUCUGUGGGAGAUGUUUCAAAGAACAUAUGGAUUCAUUCUCACAAUGGAAGAUAUGUCACCAAAUAUUGGUGUUCUGUGGUACUUCUUUGCUGAAGUGUUUGACUUCUUCAGAAGUUUCUUUAUGAUAGUUUUCCACCUGAAUAUUUUGUUUAUGAUAUUGCCAUUAGCCAUACGGCUAAAGCACCGGCCCUGCUUUUUGGCUUUCAUCUACAUUGCAAUCUCUUCAAUGCUCAAAUCCUAUCCGUCAGUUGGAGAUUCAGCUCUAUACCUGGGUUUGUUGGGUUUGUUUCUUGAUGAAUUAGCAGAUAUGAAGUUCUCUUUCUUCCUCUUAUGUGGAUAUAUUGGAGUGUCCCUUCUUAGCCCUGUGAUGCACAAUCUAUGGAUUUGGAGGGGGACAGGCAAUGCAAACUUCUACUAUGCAACUGGUAUGGCAUAUGCAUGCUUGCAGAUUAUUUUGGUGGUUGAGAGUGUAAGCGCUGUGCUCAACCAUGACAGGAAGCUUAGAAAGUUAUCUGUGACAAAGCUUCGAGAUGGGAACUCUUAAGUGCUUAUUGCAACGAGGCAUGAUCCUUUCCAUGCAGCAUCUCCUUUGCAGUUCAGAGUUUCAAGCGUAAAAGACUUCCAAGGCAACGUCUUUUCUUGGUUUGCCUAUUGCACAUGCACAGUUGACGGGCUUGAUUUUUGUGAAUGGAAGAUUAACACGCUCUAUUACAUCUCAUAUUUGGUAAGUUACAAAACUUAUUAGAUGCAACUCUACAGGAUUGUUAUCCAACUACAGAUUACAGAGUCGCAUUAUCCGCUGUACAUCUGGAUACCUUUUCAUUCUGCAAAAUAUAGAAGAAUCGUUGGAUUAUGCACUGUGGUGCAAUUUAUUUUAAUGGCCAAACUGCAAUUUCUAAA